AUGGAAGAAGUUGCUGCAGAGAGAAAGGAUGGAGACACAGAGAGCAAGGGAGGAAAAGAUAAACCCAAGAAAGAGAAGUGUUCGCCGAAAAUGAAGAAAUGUGUCAACGCCGGCGGAACGUGCAAGAAGUGGGGCAAGUGCAAGACGAAGGUGGUUCCCGGCAAUUGUGACUACCAGCACAAUAUCAACAUCAACAUCGACAGCGUCAACGUCGACAGCAACGACAACAACAACGGCAACAACAACAACAACAGAAUCAACAACAACAGCAAGAACAACAACAACAACAGCAACAACAACAACAACAACAAAACCAACAACAACAACAACAACAACAGCAACAGCAACAACAACAACAACAACAGCAACAACAACUACACCAGCGACAACUUCGACCUCAACUGUGUCAACUACAACUUUAACACAAACAACAACUACACCAACGACAAUCUCAACAACAACUUCAAGACAAACAACCUCAACCGCAACUGUAUCAACAACAACUUCAUCACCAACAACAACUACACCAACGACAACUUCAACAACAACAACAGCAACAACAACUUCUACAACAGCAAGUCCACCAAUAACGUCAACUACAACUACAUCAGCAAGUACAACGCCGACAACAACUACACCUGCAACACCAACAACAUCUACAACACCAACAACAACUACAACACCAACAACAACUUCAACUACAACAACCUCAACAUCAACAUCAUCAUCAACAACUACAACACCAACUACUACUUCCACAUCAACAACAAGUACAACACCAACAACAACAUCAACAACUACAAGCUCCACAUCAACUUCAUCAUCAACAUCUACAACACCAACGACAACUACAACGUCAACUUCGACGUCAACAUCAACAUCAUCAACUACAUCAACAUCGACAUCGACUUCAACAUCAUCAACAACUUCAACAUCAACUUCAACUUCAACAUCAACGUCAACAACAACACCAACAACAACUUCAACAUCAACAACAACUACAACACCAACAACAACUUCCACAUCAACAACAUCGACAACACCAACGACAACUACAACUUCAACUUCAACUUCAACGACAACAUCAACGUCAACUUCAUCAUCAACUUCAACGUCAACGUCAACUUCGUCAUCAACUUCAACGUCAUCGACAUCAUCAACUUCAACACCGACAACAACUUCAACUUCGACGUCAACUACAACACCAACAACAACUACAACAUCAACUUCGACAACAACUUCUUCUACAUCAACAUCAAGUUCAACAUCAACUUCUACAACGUCGACAACUUCAACAUCAACGUCAACUUCAACAUCAACGUCAACUUCAACAUCAACGUCAACCUCAACAUCAACGUCAACUUCAACAUCAACAUCUACUUCAACGACAUCGACAACUUCAACGUCAACAUCUACUUCAACAUCAACAACAUCCACUUCUACAUCAACUUCUACUUCAACCAGUACAGUUUAAGCUUGAGUGGAUCCUCGCUCACACCUUCCAACGUGGUGGAAUUGAGGUGUUUGGUGAGGGCCGGAAUGGGAGGCUUUGUAUCGCCUCUUUCCACAUUGUGUGACACAAAUACAGCACUGCAUUCAGAGAUAAACGUUUUUCUUUACCUGCUUCGUUAUGUAUGCGUAUGGAGUGCUUUACGGAUGACCUCUUCCAUUACUGACUCUUGGUCACCCUCUCACGUGCAGGUUGUGGUAAAACUUUUGUUGAUAUCUUAUAGGCAUCUCCAAAGUUGUUGCCGUACGUCAUGGCAUAAACCUUUGAUUUCUAAGCUACUUUACAACGGAUUUUAUCCCUCACUCUUCUGUCCAAGCUUGUCAGGACGAUUAGAGGAAAGGCAUUUCCUACAUAUAAGCCCGUCCAGCUCCACAAACUGAGGUUCAGCACCAUUC